AUGUUUAUUAACGCCAGUGCAAAUUCGGGUGAUAUUCGUAUUGCCACCACCCUUUACAUGGGAAGGCUCAUCGGGUUCGUCAGUCAAUUGGCGGUGGAAACGGUCAUCUUUUUUUAUAAGAAGACGUUAGGAGAAUGGAAACCAGCGGAGGAGCAGAGACAAGGAAAUAGUACCAGGAGAGGAACUGGAGGAGACGGAGGAGACGACGAUGAUCACGGUGGAUGGGGACCUAGGAUUGUUGAAGAGGGACCCAGGAUGGCCGAGGAAAAAGCUCCCGAGGCUCCUCCAAGUUACCAUAGUGUUGUGAAUCUUGGACUUGUCGCUUGA